GCGAAUGCAUAGAACGAUUUUUUUUACAUUUCUCUGUUUCGCAGUAGCAGCAGGUCUCGCGAAAAGGGAGAGCACCUAUCAAAGGGAAAAUUACUUCGGAAAAAGUCGAAGUUUUUCGCGUGUGUUUUUCGUUAUUUUUAAUCAAAUACUGCUCAAUUCGGUGCUCUAAUCCAAUUAGUGACGGAAUCUAGGCUUUCUGUGGGGACGCGUCCGCCCAGUUCUCGGGCUAGAGGCCAGUGUUGGAUGCCUUGAAAACGCAGCGCUGUCUUCGAACCUUGGGGCUCAUAUGUUGAAACAGAAACGGCGACGAUUAAGACGACAAAGUAGAAGAAACGAAGAGCCAACAAACACGGCAGUAGUGUUCGUCGUAGGCACCUAGAGUGAGCGGCCGUGAUGUUUAACAAUUACGGCAACGUGAUGAUGACCGACCAGUUCCGGAAGGUGGAACAAUAUUCCCCCAAAUCGUCCCCCCGGGCCGGUGGGGCUGGAGGUCGGUCCCCGGUGGUGGCCCGCCAGGACUCCUCCGGAACCCUCAAAACCACCAUCCAGCUCGGGAAGAAUCCCUCGAUCGUUCACAGUGGGCCAUUCUAUCUGAUGAAGGAACCACCAGGUGAAGGCGAACUGACCGGUGCGACCAACUUGAUGGCACAUUAUGGCCUCGAGCAUUCGUAUAGUAAAUUUAGCGGUAAGAAAGUGAAGGAGCAGCUCUCAUCGUUCCUGCCGAAUUUGCCCGGCGUCAUCGACGGACCAGGACAUCUCGACAACAGCUCACUCAGAAGUGUGAUCGAGAAACCACCAAUCGUUGGAAAGGAACUACUACCCCUCACAAGCGUACAAUUGGCAGGAUUCAGAUUACAUCCUGGACCGCUCCCGGAACAGUAUAAGCAUCUGAAAACCGCCCCCACACGGAAGCAUAAAAAUAAGCAUAAGAAACACAAAUAUCGGGAAGGGGCAGCGCCUCAGUCCGAGCAGUCCUCGCUGGAAGCGGCCGGUCUCGACACCCACGAAAAGAAGCACAAGAAGCAGAAACGCCACGAGGACGACAAGGAGCGGAAAAAGCGGAAAAAAGAGAAGAAGCGCAAAAAACAGCGCCACAGUCCAGAGCAUCCGGGCGGCGGAACCACUUCGUCGCUGCCACCCCAAACGCAAGUCUUCUGAAAAAACAAAAAACAAAGUUGGAAAAUCAAAAACAAAACAAAACAAAUGGAAAAUACCAUACACACAGCUGCAACAAACAAAAAAUAACGUCGUUAGUAGUAAUAGUAAGCGAAUUAAUACAUUUUUAAGUAUACUUUCGGAUGGCGACAUCCGAAGCCACCCACAAAAAAUACACUCACUCACACCUACUGAGCGAACUGGAAAUGGAUUGAAGAAGUACAUAUAUAUAAGAAUUUACAUUAUAAAAGAAUGGAAACAAGCAAACGGCAAGAGAAGGUAAUCUUUGAAAAAAAGCAUUGAUAUUUCUUAAGGAAGCACCCGUUUUCUCUGUUACGUUUUUAUAUAAUUACCUUUUCGAGCCCAAAAGUGAUCCCUUACCGUAAAAAUAAAUUAAAACAAAGACUCUCAAUAAGUGCUUCUGGGACAUGAAACAAUACAAAAAUGUACAAUCGAAGAAAAAUCGAUUGGAAAAAAAAUGCCAAUUGUGAGGAUAGGAGGAGUGUGUAAAACAUGAUCAUUAACGCGUAUCGUUUGCCUAUUUCAGUUUUAAGGAGCAAGCAGCCUUAUUUACGACGUAGUUGCGAUGAGUUGAAAAUAGAAAAUGUGAACAAACAAAAAAAAAAGAAUAACAAAUCGUUAGCCAUGUAAGUGGGAGGUGAAUUAUCGGUUCAGAUCUUAAUAACUAAACAUUAUUUUUCUCUCGUGCCUGCUCAGACAGAAAAGGGUUCCGCAAGAUUUUCUCUGUACAGAACUAAAUGAAUUCUCGGAGGUUGUUGUGAUUCGUCUGGUCGCCUGUGUGAAAGAUUCAGGUCGAUAGCUGGACGAACCUACGCGCGGUGCGUCGUGCAAGAUGAAGCAUGAUUUAUUUUUUUAAGUAAUUUGUAUUUAUGAUUAUCGAUUUGAGUUAUUUAAUUUUAUUUUCUUCAAUCAAUACAUUCAAAUGCAAAUGAA